GACGUGAAGGACACUCGUCGGCAAACCGACGGUUACUUUUCGAACGCACGAAUUUGAAUCGACGCGCAUUUUCGUCCUAAAACCUCCAUCAGUUCCCUCCAAAACUCUUUUGAAAUUAAAAAGGACGCUGCAAGCUGGCCGGAAACAAUUUUUCAAGUCAAUUCGAAAUUUCAAACUGCAUUCUGUUUUCGCUAAAAACCCUGGUUCGUUACAAGUUUGAAAAGUUUAUCAGAAAAACAAUAGACGGAGUGACACAGCUUAUCUCUUUUGUUUUUUAAUCUUGCAAAGUGUUCUUUUUGAAGUGUUCCAAGUGACGUUGAGUUGAAACAGGACGGGUCGUGAUUAAUUUGACAACUUCGCAACAAUUUUUAAUUGUGAAUCCUUUCUUUUGACUGUUUUGUGACAACGUAUUUUUCUGUGAAAAAAUAUUUGAGGUACCCACCGGGAUUUGAACCCAGGACAUCUGGAUCGUGAGCCCAACGCUCAGCCACUGGACCACGGAGGCCGUUAACACAACACGGUGCGAUGACCCGGAGGGGCAAGCUGUUAUGAAUGAUGGGGAGAGCGGCGGCCUGUUUAUUCACGGUUCAUUUUCUCUCCUGCAUUAUUGUUUGCCGGCAAGAUAGUGGCGGGAACACUAGACCUCGAGACCAGAGCACUGUAUCCGAAUCUUCCAGAAGAUUCCGUGCGGAGUUCCUCGAAGACUGGCCGCAGACACCAGGGUCGCCAUACUUCGACCCUAGCACUCCUGACAACGUGACCGGUUUAGUUGGACAUCCAGUCACAUUGCUCUGCAAAGUCAAAAAUUUGCAGAAUAGAACUGUAUCAUGGGUCCGCCACCGCGACAUCCACCUGCUGACGGUGGGCCGCUACACGUACACCUCGGACCAGCGGUUCGAGGCGCAGCACAAGCCACGCUCCGAGGAGUGGGCGCUCCGCAUACGCAGCCCGCAGCGCCGCGACUCCGGACAGUACGAGUGCCAGAUCUCCACCACGCCGCCCAUUGGACUCGCCGUCCAUCUCAAUAUCGUAGAACCAGAAACAGAAAUUAUGGGAGGCCCAGAUUUGUUCAUCUAUGCUGGUUCGACGAUAAACCUGACCUGCAUUGUGCGUCACACGCCAGAACCACCAAACACUAUAAACUGGACUCAUAGGGGAAAGACGAUAAACUUCGACUCCUCACGUGGUGGCAUAUCGCUCGUGACAGAGAAGGGACUUCACAGUAGCAGUCGUCUUCUGGUGCAGUCUGCGCGCACGUCAGACGCCGGCGCAUAUCAAUGCGUCCCGGACAACGCUCAGUCGGCCAUUGCUAGAGUACAUGUCCUCACAGGAGAAACGCCAGCAGCGAUGCAAGGCAGCGCAACUUGGGCUGCAAGCUUCAACUUCCCCACUCUCUUAGGUCUUACAACUGCUCUUCCUCUGUUCUUCUUAUAAACCUGAGAAAAUGGGAUAGCUAUCUCUUAUUGAAGACCAAAACUUAGUAAAGACCUCAGAUCAUUUUUGGGGACAUUUGAGUGACUCAAAGCUCGGACGCUCGCGUGACCUGUACAUAGCUUAAGUGUGAGAAAUAUGUGGACGUUUCUUCGACACGCACUUCAACCGGAUGGAUGACUUGAAGUAGAGAAGAUGGAUGUCAAGCUUCUCAACCAAACUAAUUGAAGAGUCGAAGAGUGCAAUGUGCUGGUAAAUCCUGGCUGUAGAUCUGUAAACUCGAUGGACAUAAAGAGAUUUCGGAGAAGCAAAUUUUCCAGAUGAUAGAAAUAGUCUAAACGAACUUUGAACUUUGAGGAGUUGGACAAAAAGGUUGAAAACCGAGUGAUAUGAAGUAAUCUCAGUAAAGUGAAAGUUAAAAGACACUGCAAGUGCGUUGAAAGACAAGUUGUGUUUAUCAAAUUUUAAUAAUUAUAGUGUAAAUAUGGAUGUGAGACAUCGAAUGUAAAAGUCUGGACAGAAAUGAAAUGUAAAGACGAUCUGUGCCAAUAAGCAUAGAAUAUAUCCUAAGAAUCAGGGUAAAGGUAACGUUAAGGGACGAUCGUAUUUGUACCAAUAGAUCUUUAAAAUAAGAACCUUUUAAAGUCGUAAAUCGGAAUGUCCUUUUAAAAUCUAAACCACAUUGUUUAAAUAAAAUCAAAUAUACUUUAUUGCACAGAACUAAAUUACAACAAUCAGAUAUAAUACACGAAUACAGUACAAUUUUGGUGGCCUUAUUGCUCUAGGGCAAUUUCUUCCAGGCAACCACCAAAAGGAAACAAACAUUUACAAACAACUUGGAUGCGGGAUGACUUGGACGAACUUGGAUGUUUAAUUGAUUUGUCUGGAAAUCUCGGCCUUAGGAAGUUAAAUACGGACCUAAUUAAUUGAAUAAGGAGAUACUAUAAGUACACGAAUCUAUUACAUCCUUCAUGGGAGGAAAGGCGAUACACGGUGUCGAUAAGUACUUUUAGUGGUAGUUUUGCUUCUGCAUUGUCAUUUGUUUGGAACAAGCAAACGGGAUCGAAUUUAUAAUAAAGUAAUACAUUUUCUUUAUUCAAACUUUAUUACAUCCAUAUUUAGAAUUGACACUUAUAAAUAUAUUUAUAUUACCUAAAAACAUAAAGAGACUUGAGUUACUUUUGAAGUUUAAUAAAGGUAUAUAUUAAUAAUCUUUGAAAUAUAUUUAUACUUAGAUCAAAGCGAUUUUCGAGAUUCAUCGUUCAAAGCCGAUACCUUCAUUUAAUUGAACAAUUCAACAACCUGAGAUUAUUCUACGAAUUAACGUACUUUAUCAAAUUGUUAUUAAGUACAAAGUUUAUAAAGACGCAUUGAAGGUAUAUUUUGCAACAAAAUAUGCUCAAGCUCGUAACUUGGUUAAAAGCAGCAGACAUAUUUGUCUAGGCCUUUAUUUAUUACAGUCGUAAGACCAUUCUUUUGAAAUCUACGUAUAAACCCCUUUAACUAUUGUGUUUGGAAAUCUCGGCCUUAGGAGGUUAUGGUGGAUACUAACUCGCGUUAUGAGGCGUAAUUUAGCCAGCGAGCUUGAUAGGUUACGCUUUCUAAUAAAGUGAGGGAGUUUCUUUUUAUUUUUUAAAUUCUGUUUCCUAGCUACUGGAUAGAUGGCGCUGAAUUUGUUAGGUUACUUCAACGAACGGAACGUUAUAUUAUUUCAGAUUUUCUGCAGAUGUAUUUUUUUCUGACGUCAUUUCGAAGUCAUAAAUCAAAUGAAAUCAAAUACACUUUAUAGCACAGAACUUAAUAAUGUUCCAAAAAUGAACAAAUGACAAGGAAAAAAGAAAUCAAACUCUUAUUACUUUGUGGCAACUUGGCAAUAGCCCACUAACAUAGACGCGGAAGCGCCAUCUAACGAGUUCUUGAGAACUAUUUAAUUUUUUAAUUCUAAAAAAGAAAAUCUCCCGUUAGUGUUGGUGCUCAUUACGAGCACCUUAUUUCCCUGUACUGACUGCACGAUAGCUUCUUGUGUGACAUAUUACAAAACGCCUCGUAACACCAGUCAGUACCCACCUUUAAAAAGAAACUGUUGGCACAGCCCAGACAAUUCGAACAAAAAACCUCGUUUAACACAGACACUACACAUUGACGUUAUCGUACACGCGCAUCUGUGUGUGUGUGUGACGUCUGAAUAAAACGGGGGAGGUGAGGUAAACCUAGAUCAACCACUGGUGGGGAGCGGAGAGUUGCCAUUCUUUACGUAGUAUUAUUCCUAGUUCUAUGCUAUUGGUACAAAUGACGAUAAACUCGCAUUAGAGUGAACACAUCUAAUGCCCCAUUCAAAUCUUAAAAAAAAUGUUCAGACAUGACAAAAUGUAGCGAAACCAUCAUAGAUAAUACUAA